GACGAGCACUGAUAGUAAAGCGUAUCCAGAAAGCUCGUAAUGCUCGAUACAAAACGAGACAACGUGUCUUAUCAGCAAUUGCCGACAUCGACCGUGAGAUGGCUGGGACUAACGCGCGACAUCGAGCAGAAAGAACAAGAUUGAUUUGCGAGUACUAUCGAAUACGUCGCGUUGCGCCAUCAGUUUGGGUACACAAUAGAACAACUGCGUGGUGGGACAGCGUGGUUUCGACUUUCACCGAGGCCCAGUGGAUAAAGAAUUUCCGGAUGUCUAAAGAUACUUUUAUGUACCUCUGUCGUCGAUUGCAACCUCAACUGGAGAGACAAGACACAAACUACAGACUUUGUAUAACCAUCGAAAAAAGAAUCGCCAUUGCACUGUGGAAACUAGCAACCAACUCCGAGUACAGAAGCAUCUCUCAUUUAUUUGGAAUUGGAGUUGCUACUGUGUGUCGAUGUGUUCAUGAUUUUUGCUCCGCUGUCGAGAAAGUACUCAUGCCAGAAGUUAUUAAAUUACCAAACAGUGAAAAGUUAAAAGAAAUGGCUACAUAUUUUGAACGCAGAUGGGGGUUGCCACAGUGUGUAGGUGCAAUUGAUGGGUCACAUAUCCCCAUUCUUGGACCUGAGGACUACCACACAGAGUACUUCAACCGAAAGGGCUGGCAUUCGAUCAUCCUGCAGGCUGUUGUAGAUGGAAGGGGACUUUUUUGGAAUGUUUUUGUUGGAGCACCAGGCAGCCUGCAUGAUGCCAGAGUGCUGCGUUUGUCAGGUUUGUGGGGACUAUUUGAUAGGGGUUUGUUACUACCUGAUGUAACAAAAAACAUUUGUGGACAUGAUGUGGGAUACUUUGUCCUUGGUGAUGCAGCUUAUCUUUUGAAGAGCUGGCUGAUGAAACCUUUUACUGACAACGGACAACUGACACCCCAAAAAAUUGUGUACAAUCAAAAAACAAGCAGAGCCAGGGUGGUGGUGGAGAAUGCUUUUGGCAGACUAAAAGGAAGAUGGAGGUGUUUGCUAAAAAGAAAUGACUGCAGUACGCACAAGGUCAAAUCCCUGGUGAUAGCAUGUUGUGUUCUGCAUAACCUUUGUGAAAUGAAUGGUGAUGAGUUCAGGGAAGAAUGGGUGACAGGUGCAUUAAACCAGCCUGAUGGUGCUCAGUCAGCCACUGUAGAGGCUGAGGGACUAGAUGCACGCACAGCUCUAAUGCAGUUUUUGACGACAACAUAG